AUGGCGCUGGGAGCUAUUGCUGAACAAUAUUUCCGUACAAUGAAUCCACUAGCUUCGAAAAUUCAUGAGGAUGUAGAGGACGCUAAAAGUUCCUACGAAAACAUCUGGGAAACACUCACGGAAAAAGAAAAGACUGAAGUAAUAAACGAAUCUCUAAUUAAACCAGACAUCGCACUAAAGUACGCUCUCCUGGACACACUAGAUUUUGACCUGAACGAUCCACCGGUGAGAAAAGAUGACCUGAUGUCUUUCUUCGGACGGGAUCAUGGUCAAAGAUUGAUCCAGGAUGAACAUACGACUUAUAGGGAUGAGCACAGUGCUCCGUUCCUGUACCAAACGAAGAGUCAACUGAAUCUUUGCAUGCUGAGCGAUUGCAGGGCUCCUAAAGAAGAGAAACUCACUUCUCCACCCCCUAUUAUGUCUGAGUUGGCUCUCUCUCACUCCAAAGUGGUCUCCGAAUUGAAGAAUGCAUUAAAAUCUCAUGAUGUUUUAAGGAGUACUUACAAAGAUUCACAUGACAGAGAGGUCACAUCUCCAGGAUUCAUAAGCAAAUUCAUAGGAAACUUUAAAAACAAAGAUGAAGAAAGAGAAUGCCUUGUAUCAAUUGCACCACAAACCCAGAUAGUGGCUUCUUCGGAGAAUUUCUUCAGGACAAACUUCAAGAGUCCACCGGCAGAGAAUAAAUAUGAGAAGGAAUAUAGAAGCAGUGUGGUCAAAUCUAGUAGCGAUCUCUCUGAAGAGAACCGUGGUCUUCUCUCGUCGAGCCAAGCUUCAUCAGGCACCGACUUCCACUCCACCGAAACCCUUACCGACACCGGCGUGCCAAAGACUGGUUAUGACUUUUUGGAUAACUGGUAA